CCAUGGCACAGGCACACAGUGUCCAUGAGUAGCUGUAGACAACGAUAUUUCUUCUCAUUCCAGUUUCACAAACAGAUCAGUGGCGCAUAUUAACCUAUUAACUUCAUGUUACAUGGCAUAUAGUGGUGUCUUCAAUAUGGUGGACAUUGGUUUGAAAUAAUUGCUUUAUAAAUGGAAAAUUCAGAGACAAAACCAACACUAACAGAUAAACAAAGGGCUAGAAUUGAACGCAAUAGACAGCGUGCUGUAUUGCUGCGAAAUGCGAGGCUUACAAGCCAUCCUUAUACCAGUAAAAGUACAAACACUUCAGAAAGGAGCGAGGGUUUGCCAGGGGUGACAAGCCGAACAUUAGACACAGGGGGUGGAUUUUUGCUUGAUCUAGACGAUCACAUUGAGGCCGAGAAGGAAUUAAAUGUUGUCUUUGAACCAGGUGAAGCAUGAAAUAAAACUAUUAGUCUUUGCCACAGUUCACAGUAUAUACAUUUAAAAUGAGCGUGUUUUGGUUAAAAAUUCUGCAAAACAUGCUUGAUACAAUAAAGAUAUUCAUUUAAUUAUUGUAUAUCUGUAUGGUCGAACCUAUCCUUUCCUGUAUCUCUAGACAACAGACACCUCUCUAAUACAGACACCUCUAAUAUGGACACUUCGGUAAAAUGGACAUCUCUCUAAUAUGGACAUCUCUCUAAUACAGGGAAAUCUCUAAUGCGUCCGCAUCAGAUCGCCCUGGGGCGAUAAUAUGAUGGGCAUCUCUCUAAUAUGGACAUCUCUCUAAUACAGGGAAUUCUCUAAUGCGUCUGCAUCAGAUCGCCCUGGGCAAUAAUAUGAUGGGCAUCUCUCUAAUAUGGACAUCUCUCUAAUGUGCUCUAAAUAUUUGUAAAUGCCAAUACUAAAGGCUAAGUUAUUUCUGUAGGUCCAGAGCUCGAUGCUGAACAGCUAAGAUGCCUAGAAUGUGGAAAAUCAUUUCUAGACUCUUUCUUAUACAAACACUUCACUAUCGCAGUUUGUGAUGGUUGCAGGUAGGACAAGCGCACGGUACCACACCGGUGUAUUAGCUGUAUAAUUCUAUCCCCCCAGCUGGUACCUCAAUUGUUAGCAUUGUAUCUUUCAUCUCUGUGACUUGAGUUUGGAUUUCUGCAAUAUGCAGUUGUCUCAUUAUAAUUUCACAUCAGUCACAUGUGAGAAGAGUGCUUCCAGUUUGACUCUACCAAACACCACAGACUUUUCUGCAGGUACCACAAAUACCUUUUUCUAGCAAAAUAGUUUUGAACUGAUAGAGCUAUCCAACAUAAAUGAAGUUGGUUUAGUUUAAGCCUAAGUGUGUGAUAACUAUGUGACAUGCACUGUAUUGUUUUCACCAAAUAUAAAUUAUUUACAGGGAUAAUAAUGAUAAACAUGCAUUAAUUACAAAGACAGAUGCAAAAACAGUAAGUAAAAAUAAUCUUGACAUAUCAAGGUACAUUAAUAUGUUUGCUAACAACAUAGAUGAGUUAGCUACAGUAUAAACCUGAAUGUCUUAGGAGCCCUGCAUAUAAUUGAAAAAUCAUAUCUUAACCAUUUUAGCAAUUCCUACUUAAAGAUUGUGAUCUGGAGAGGAGAGAACCUGUACUUCGAUGCAUUGUGAAGAAAAAUCCACACAAAUCAACAUGGGGUGAUAUGAAAUUGUAUCUGAAAAGUCAGGUAAGAACAAGCAAAUUUGUCAUUGCAAUGGUCCACAGCAGUAUGUCAUAAGGCAACUGACAAACUACAGCAGCUUAUUGUACAAUGCCAUACUACAAUGCCCUACUGCAGUGGCGCCCCCCACAGACUUGCAACAAGUUGAUGUGUAUUUUUCUAAAGGUGCGAUAUUUUCUAAAUGUUCUGUGUGUGCCAGACAAGAAUCUGGACCCCAUGUUUGACAUCGAGCCUGGAAUGCCUAUCUAAUGGAUAGAAAUGUCCAACCUUCCUUCUUUCCCAAAUGCAGGUGGUUGCAAGAUCUCUGGAAAUCUGGGGAGAUGAAGAAGCGAUGGAGGAAGAAAGAGAAAGAAGAGCAGGCGCCAGAGAUAAGAAAAAACAGAAACAGUUUGAUAAAAAAGUUAAAGGUGAACACUGUUUGUAUUUAUAUACUGUGUAGGUCCUUUAUUUCACAAAUAUGUCAAAAUGAUCACGAGUAACUGGAUGGCAUGAAGAACAGUGGGAUUUUCAAAACAAUGAAAAGACAAUGGAACAUUCUGAUCACUGGAUCAUGACUGGAUGGCAUGGAGAACAGUGGGAUUUUCAAAACAAUGAAAAGACAAUGGAACAUUCUGAUCACUGGAUCAUGACUGGAUGGCAUGGAGAACAGUGGGAUUUUCAAAACAAUGAAAAGACAAUGGAACAUUCUGAUCACUGGAUCAUGACUGAAUGGCAUGGAGAACAGUGGGAUUUUCAAAACAAUGAAAAGACAAUGGAACAUUCUGAUCACUGGAUCAUGACUGGAUGGCAUGGAGAACAGUGGGAUUUUCAAAACAAUGAAAAGACAAUGGAACAUUCUGAUCACUGGAUCAUGACUGGAUGGCAUGAAGAACAGCGAGAUUUUCAAAACAAUGAAAAGACAAUGGAACAUUCCGAUCACUGGAUCAUGACUGGAUGGCAUGGAGAACAGUGGGAUUUUCAAAACAAUGAAAAGACAAUGGUACAUUCUGAUCACUGGAACAUGACUAGAUGGCAUGGAGAACAGUGGGAUUUUCAAAACAAUGAAAAGACAAUGGAACAUUUCGAUCACUGGAUCAUGACUGGAUGGCAUGGAGAACAGCGGGAUUCAAAAUAAUGAAAAGACAAUGGAACAUUUCGAUCACUGGAUCAUGACUGGAUGGCAUGGAGAACAGCGGGAUUCAAAACAAUGAAAAGACAGUGGAACAUUUCGAUCACUGGAUCAUGACUGGAUGGCAUGGAGAACAGUGGGAUUUUCAAAACAAUGAAAAGACAAUGGAACAUUCUGAUCACUGGAUCAUGACUGAAUGGCAUGGAGAACAGUGGGAUUUUCAAAACAAUGAAAAGACAAUGGAACAUUCUGAUCACUGAAUCAUGACUGGAUGGCAUGGAAAACAGUGGGAUCUUCAUAACAAUGAAAAGACAAUGAAACACUCUGAUCACUGAAUUGUGACUGGAUAGUAUCAGUGUUAUGAUAAAUGUUAUGCAACCAAAGGGCCCAUCUUUGGUAUUACUAAAUAACUCUACUAUUUCCAAUUUAGAGCUUCGUCGUGCAGUAAGAACAAGUACAUGGAAACGAGAUUCGUCGCAACACAUGCAUGACUUCCCAGCUGAAGGAGAAGCAGGUGGAGAGGUUUACGAUGAAGAAUCAGACACGUGGACAAAGACAUGUAGAACAUGUGGACAUGGCGUGACUUACGAAAAAAUGUAAAAUAUAAGAACAUGUCACGUGGGCGAAAAUGUAGAACGUCAAAAUUUCCAAGUACCUGUGAAACAUGUAUAAGCAUGAAUUAUGAGAAAAAUGUAAAUAUAUUUAACAAAUUGACAUCACCUGUAGAUACUUUCAUCUUUACUAUUGAUACCGAGCAGAUAUAAUGUGAAAUUGUUCUUUAAUUAGUACUUCAUGUAUAUUUACAAAUAUAAUGCAAAAGCUAUUAACAUCCCUUGCAUGCAGACGAAAUAGAAUGACUAGUUACGAUUGAUCAUUAUUUGUCAUGAAGCCUAAUUCAAUCUCAAGUUUAAGUCAAAUAUCGCGCUACAACUGCCGAACCCAAAUGUUGCCUGCUCAGCAGGCGGUAUUAGACGUAUUAGGACUAAAGCGUGGUUUCUAUAUGGUCGUAACGGUCGUAAAGAUUGAGUCACGAUCUUCUCAUCAGCCGAAAUACAACAUUUUAGAACAGAAAAUGCACGGAGUGAUUAUAAGUAGAGAAUACUUAUUAUUUAUAUGUGGUUUACAGGUAUAAACUAUUAUAAACUGACCGUUUAGAAAGAUCGCGUCACUCUAUAUUUACGACCAUAUGGAAACCAGGAUCUGAAAGUUCGGCUCUACUUUGAUAUCCUUUAUCUGGUUAGCACUAUUUUCCAUCCAGCAAACCGCCCUAUCGAUUUUCUAAAGUCUUUCUUUUUGGAUUUUCUCUUAUUAAUUCGGUUAGAAUUAGGGUUGCGGUUAGGGGUUAGAGUAGGGGUAGGGUUUGUUACAUAGCCAUUUAACACCUCUUCCAUUUUCCGAAAAUGACGUCAGGUCAGUUUGCUGGAUGGAAAAUAGUGCUAACCAUCCUACACAAACUAUUAAUAUUUGAAUGAAAAAAAAUAACUGAAGGCUGACUCUAUCAAAACAACACUGAACCUAAUCACGGAAAAGAUUAUAUUAUGGAAUGUUUAGUCGUUUAGCCUUUGGGGGUUAAUAAAAUGAUCUGAUAUUAUCUUAAAAAUCUAUGGAAGACAGGUCUAAAGUACUAAUUUAUGUGCAAAUUUGUGGUUUCCGGUAUUAAUCUCUUAAUAUAGAUUCCAUAUCCAGCAAUUAUCUAUCAUGUGGGGAUGAGAACACAACAAACCAUAUAUAACAGAUAGUUAUUGAUUCUAAUUGUUAUUCUAAUAAAUUAUUAACAUUUGUAUUUGUAGCAAUUUUACACACAAAAUACGUACAAUGCAUCGUAUAAAAGUCUACGUUCUAAGUCUUAUCAGCACAACUACAACUAUACGUUUACAAAUACACGUUACGAAACUACUUUACGUCUAACCCAAAAUAGACAAACUACGUCAGUGGCGAGAGAAGAAAAUUCAUGAUUCAAUCCUCAAUCGCUUUGGCAUUUAAUUCAGACCCUAUUCAGUGAACCAAUUUUGUCUUCAGUAAAAUAUUACCUAUUUACCUUGUAACUUUCGCCACAAAGUCCAAACUAUCGUAUAGAUUACGAAACGAAGUCGUUUGUGCAUAGGAAGCUAUUCAAGCUAAGUAAACAAAAUUACUUGGCAGAAAUGGACAAAAUUAAUAUUUGAGUCUCUAACUUGGAUUUCACUCAUAUUUCAAUCAAAUUUUAUCUUCAGAAAAAUAUUUAACCCUUCCGACCUUUGGCCGGCAUGGCUAGCAUAAACUGAAAGUAACACGCAUGAAUACGAAUUAAAAAUUCAACAAUCCCGAUUAGAACAGAAAGCUAUUAAAUUAAAGUAAACAAUGUACGUGGCGAGAAAUCGUAUAGCAAAAUUCUGUCUUGGAUAAAACCUAGCCAAACCCACAACAUCGAUAACCACCAUUAGACACUUCUGUUCCAGCGCUAAGUUCGACCUUGUCAUCUUCAAUAGGCAACGCAUCCUUAUUCUCUCCUAAUUGCUCAACAAGCUCUUUUGCCAUGAUAUUGAAAACCUUAUCAAUAUUUGUGCGAUCUUUUGCACUGGCUUCUGUGAACGAUACUCCUAAUUUCUCUGCAUAAACACGAGCAGUUUCGUAUUCCACUUCUCUCUUGUUUAAUAUAUCACAUUUAUUCCCAACUAGAACUCUAUUGACAUCGCUAGCAGCGUAACGAGAAACUUCCUGUAGCCAAUUUUCAAUAUGAAAGAAUGUUUCGCGAUCAUUAACAUCGUAGACUAGCAUAAUACCAUGAGCACUUCGAUAAUACGCUGUAGUUAAAGUACGAAACCUCUCCUGGCCUGCACUAUCCCAUAUUUGCAGUUUAAUUUGCUUGUUGUUGAUCACCAGUGUUCGUAUUUUAAAAUCUACACCGAUUGUACUUAUGUACGACUCUGAGAACGUAUCGUCUGCAAAGCGAAGCAGGAUGCAUGAUUUUCCAACGCCAGAAUCCCCGAUUAAUAAUAAUUUAAACAGAUAAUCGUACUCCUCGUUCAUUUUAAGGCUGAUACUUUCUUUAUUUGUCACUUGGUAGGGCUUGUCUGAGCUCAAAAAUACGCAGGAUCUGUUAUCGUAGAUGAGGCAAUGUGUUUAUAACAGGUCGAAAGGAAGUCUUUGGCAGUAAUUUACAUACGCAGUAGGUUAAUGAAGUUUUCCUGAAGUAAUACGACACUAGGUUUGCCGACUCUUGUCGGGUCUUAGUUCAAAAAGCAAGGCAAGUAAAUUUGGUAUAAAACGAGACAAUUAAAUGAGGUAUAAACGUUUUCACAAGAGAUAAAGCAAGCUUUUGCCUGGCAGGAAUUUACAUCCAGUUUACAAAUGAAACUUUUCUAAAGUUAGGAAACCAAGUCUGACCGUUCUUGGCUUGGGUUACUUUGCGAUAUAAAGAUAAACCACGCACACUUCCCAACAAGUAGAGCAAAUCUGUAGAGUCAGUAUUUCCUCGAGCAAUUCACAAACUGAUACGAAUUUCUUGGCAGUCUUGGCCUUUAUAGAAUACAGUUCAUGUAGAAUAUCUCUUUCAAUCUCCGAGCAUUAAUACACUGUGCAUGUCUUGCUUCUUGGGCUUGGAGUUCUCAAAUUUCACUUCAAUUUUGAUUUCAAAGAAUUGCGUUGUUGUUUCUGCUUACGCCUUGACUUUGUAAUUACGUAAGAUGAAUCAAGUGUCUUCAGACUUGAAUAAUGAAAUAGCAAAUUUAUUGUACCGUAUCAAAUAUUUGCAUACCAGUGAUAGGCUAUAGCCUGUCCUUUGACCAAUACCUUGCGGAAACGUUGCUUAAGGAAGACUAGAAGGUCACUAAUCUCCACUUCCUUCAGCUAUACCUUGUUAUAUAUCUCUCAGUGAAGUAUUAAUAAAGCUUUGUCUUCUUAUAUCAGCUUACAUCAACCAACUCAUAUUGCCUUUGAUUGAUCAGGUCUUACAAAUAUGACUGCAAAAAGCCCCCAGUUCUCCCAGUGCUAUUAACAAAAUCCUGCCAAGUUCAAUUAUCGUUUUUAUGUACAGUACAAUAAUUCUCUCUGAGGUCUUUGAAUCCAAAAUAAUUUACAUAAACAGGCAGCGUGUUAUGAAUUUUCAAUUAAACGAAUUUGUUUGUUCACUGCCAAUCACCUGUUCAGUUUGUGGUAAACAAUAUAUUGCAAUGAUUGAUUAUUUGCAUUGAAAACGAACAAUAUCAUAAACACCAAUGAUGGUCACGCGCAUAAAUUGA